UAGAUCAUCUCAGUAAAAACUUCUUGAUCUAUUUUUAACAUCACUGACGUGAGCGUGUUCAGAACUAGGAAAUUGUGUUGUUAGUGCCCACACCUUGUAUUUUAGGGAUAGCAUGUUUUGUAAGCGGUGUUGCUAAGGUUCACGCCCAAUGUUGGUGGCCAUAUGUUUAUAAUGUCACAGUGCAAUAUGGCCGCGGCUGCGCCUGCACCCUCCGACCAGCAGCAACCUUACAACCUUCAUCGUUGCUAAGGACGACACCUCCACUGCCAGGCAAUAAAGGAUUUGGAAUACAGGUUGUGUAAAGGACUAGGAACAGGAAGAGUGUGCUGUGCAGGACAUCUGUCCUUAGGGUGCUAUUGCCAUGAUGUCACCCAAAAGAAGUCGGCCCGUCAAUUAGGCGUCGACACUGGAUAAAGGUACCGGCGCCUAGGCACUUACCAUUGUUUCAGUGUUGAGAAAUCCAUCAUGUCUGAUAACCAGUCAGCUGUCGCCGUGAAGGCGGAACAACAAUUGUCAGCUGUCGCCAUCCAGGUCGCAAAGAAGAAUAUUGGCUACAAUGGGUUGAGGACGCAUUUCCUGAACUCGACUCACGUACCUACUUCCUGCCCCCGGUGUACUUCAACAGAGUACCGACGACAAGAGAGUCGGUAGCCGGUCAGGAUGUUAACGUCCUCCGUAGAGCACCUGGACAGGCUGGUCAGCAAUGCCAACAGUCUUCAACGCCAACAUCACCUGUUCUACCUGGUCAGGCUUCAUUCACCCAGACACCCAUUCAAGAUUGUUAUGUCAGGGACGAUGCAGCAAUGCAACGAGUCUUUCUCUGUCUCCAAAAAUUGUCCGAGGACACACCGGUGUUCUUUGCACUAAGCAAUCUUCCAUUCAGCAGGAACUUAGGAGAACCUUGCUAUGCUAAAGCAGCUCACCAGUACCCAGUUCGCUCCAACAUUCCAAAGGCUGCGCAGCAAAACUCGCCACAAGGUAACAAACUGCGAGGUGACUUUGAUUUUCUUCUUAUUCACCAAAACAAUGGAUUUACAGUUUGCGAAGUAAAAGCUUUUGGUGACAAUGUGAACGAGCUGAAGAUGUCGGAGCAGCAGAUUAAUGACAAUAUCAGAAAAAAGCUCACAGAAUCCGUGUCACAGCUUGACAAGGCAGACAGAGUCCUGUCAGACAUGGUGUCAGACAUCGCACCUGGCCUGCACAUCACCAAGACAAUAGCCUUCCCUAACCUCACCUCUGAACAAAUAAAAAAGGCCAUCAAUGGCAACGAAGAGCUAGCAAGGAAACUGAGUCAGUGUCUAGGAGUGACUGAUCCCACCAACAUUAUGGAUCUCAUUCUCUGCGCCGACCUACUGUCUGACCCCAAGACACCAUGGAACAUCAGCAGCGACUUGUUGGAGAAACUCAAGGGCUGGUGGCAACGAUGUGUUGCUGGAUCCGGGCCUGACCCUCUCAUGACUUCAGACCUGUACAAAAAACUGGUAGCCAGGUUGGGUGGACCUGCGGCAACAGUGACAGUGCCCUGCACAUCUGCCCCACGCAUGUCUAUCAAGACCCUAGGGCAGGCCGUGUCAUACACAGGGGAGUGCUACGGUGCUCAAGGAGAGGGCUUUGCUCAGAUAACUCUCUACCCAGAGCAAGUUAAGUUGAUUAAUGGUGAACAACCGAGGGUCUUCCUGUCCGGACCGCCGGGUACGGGUAAAACCGUGGUGCUGCAGCUGAUUGCCGCAAGUUGGCUGCGCUCCGGAAAAGACGUGCAGGUCAUGAACUCUUGGAAAAAGAGUCGCGCGGCGAGCUGCAUGAUGCAUCUCCUACUCCAGAAGGCUGUCGGCAAGCAGACGGAGGCAGCGACCCAAUGGGGUGAGCUCCACCUCGUCACGCAAGAUCUUAAUUCAGAGGAAGAUGUGGACAAGGCUGUAGAUGUCUUUACAAAGGCAGCGAAGGAUGGAUCAUUGUACGUCAUCGCUGAUGAAGCGGGCCCUGAUAACUGGGACAAGGACAAGGACUACUUUGAACAAUUCUGUGACAAAUUGAGAAGUAAGUUUCCUCGCCUUCAUCUGUGGGCUGCAAGUUGUUUCCAUGGAAGCGAGCUCAUCUCUGACGAAGGCUGGAGUGAGUUCGCUUUGAGGAGGUCACUCCGCUGCCCGCCGGUUGUGGUGAGAGAGGUCAUCAAGACCAGAGAGAUCGCCACAGACAAGACGGUCAUAGAGUAUGACGAUCGCGGUUUCCAAAAUCACACGGACGGCCCAAAGAUCCAGCACGUGUAUCAUAAAGGUCACUCAGGUGCUGUUCGUGACUGUUUGCGCUGUGGCCAGGAGGUGGCAAGUUUUUUGUGCAGCCUCAAAAGAGGAGAUAUAGAAGGAGCAGUUCCCACAGCCACCAGUCCGUCAAGCUCUGGUAGCUCGACACCGCCACCGACGCCCCCUAUUCUGCUGAACAAAGAUAUGCUCGUACUGUACCCAGGGGAAGUCAACACAAAGUUUGAUUUUGUGAAGGGGCUGGCACAAUGUGGAAUUCCAGUGAAGGUGACAACGAACGAUGAUGACAUUAACGACCUGGCCACUGCUCACAGUGAUGUGGUGUGGGUGGCCAAUGAAGAUGAUGUCCGCAGUCUUGAGAGGAAAGUCGUCGUGUGUCUGCAGGAGGAGGACAUCUCCCCGUGUCUUCACGGAAUUUCCAGGUGUACCUCACAACUUGUAAUUGUCUCACCUUAA